CAGUAUGGAAAGCAGGCUGCCCUUCUAUAGUAGGACAUUAGUGCUGGUCCUCACCCUGCUGAUGUGGCUGCCAACAAGGCAAGUGCUUGCGGACAAUCUGGAUGAUGAUGCAAAAAAUAACAUUACCAUCUUCACAAGAAUUCUAGACCGACUUCUGGAUGGCUAUGAUAAUCGUCUCAGGCCGGGAUUAGGAGACCGAAUAACAGAAGUACACACAGAUAUCUAUGUGACCAGUUUUGGGCCAGUUUCUGAUACGGAUAUGGAGUAUACAAUAGAUGUGUUCUUCCGUCAAAACUGGGAAGAUGAGAGAUUGAGGUUCACAGGGCCAAUGCGCAUUCUUCGAUUAAACAAUCUGAUGGCAAAUAAAAUUUGGACUCCAGACACUUUCUUUCAUAAUGGGAAGAAAUCUAUAGCUCACAACAUGACGAUGCCAAAUAAGCUUUUAAGAAUUCAAGAUGAUGGAACGCUGCUUUACACAAUGAGGCUGACCGUCCAAGCUGAAUGCCCUAUGCAUCUGGAAGAUUUUCCUAUGGAUGCUCAUGCCUGUCCAUUAAAAUUUGGCAGCUAUGCCUACACAACUUCAGAAGUGACAUAUGUAUGGACACGCAAUGCCACAGAGUCAGUUGUUGUAGCACCGGAUGGCUCGAGAUUGAAUCAGUAUGUCCUCUUAGGACAUUUAGUUGGUAAAGAAACCAUUAAGUCAAGCACAGGAGAAUACACAGUUAUGACAACACAUUUUCACUUGAAGCGAAAAAUUGGUUAUUUUGUGAUUCAGACCUAUCUCCCUUGCAUCAUGACCGUCAUCUUGUCUCAGGUGUCAUUCUGGUUGAAUAGGGAAUCUGUGCCUGCAAGAACAGUCUUUGGUGUUACUACUGUACUGACUAUGACAACUCUUAGCAUCAGCGCAAGAAACUCCCUGCCAAAAGUUGCCUAUGCAACAGCUAUGGAUUGGUUCAUUGCUGUUUGCUAUGCAUUUGUCUUCUCAGCCUUGAUAGAGUUUGCCACUGUUAACUAUUUCACUAAACGAGGAUGGGCGUGGGAUGGAAAAAGUGUGGUCAAUGACAAGAAAAAAGAGAAAGCGUCUGUCAUUAAGAAAAACAAUGCAUAUGCAGUCGCUGUAGCAAACUAUGCUCCAAACAUCACUAAGGAUUCUGCUCUCCCAACAAUAUCAAAAAGUGCCACAGCAGAUCCCAGCAAGGCAAAACCUCAAGAGGCAAAGAAAACAUUCAACAGCGUUAGUAAAAUCGACAGAAUGUCUAGGAUAGUCUUUCCGCUUUUAUUUGGUACCUUUAACUUGGUAUACUGGGCUACCUAUCUAAAUAGGGAACUUGCCAUUGAAGGGCUUGUCCUAUCAAAAUAGACUAGACGCUUUGUAUUCCAAACGAUGUACUGGCAUUCUCAAACUCAGAUUGUUCUAGUAUGUAUGACUAAUAACUUGUGAAUUGACAUGUACAGUAAUCACCUCUUAACUAAGGAGAGGGGACUCUGUUAACUAGAAUGAGCUUAUGAAUAGACACUGUAGCAGUCAUGGCUUUUACAAGUUUCCUCUUGACCGCAAAGUAUUUACACUUUGUAUUAAGGUUUGGCAGCAUCUGAUGAAAAAUGGCUACCUGUUAGCA